GUACGACCGCAUGCGUAGCGUCGUUCCGUCCUCGAUGUUGUUUAUCUCUUGCGAUCUUCAUUUGCUUUAACACGAGUAUCAGAUCGUGAUAGAUCUUGUUUUUCUUUCCAUACUAAAGGAUAUAAGGAUUGCACACUUGACGAAAAACGUGAUGUGUUCGCGAGUGUACUGUAUUUGAAGAUUGUAUUAAGAACGACUUGCCUCGGUCCGCUUGAACGCGCAGAGCGUCGCGUGUGAAAAAUCUCUCGGUCCUGUGUGUUCCUUUUCUUUCGUGCUAGUGACGUUCAUUCCCGUGAGCACGUUAUGCCUGACCAAUAUUGCCUGUUUUGUAAUUGAUGGAUUAUUUUGAGAAAGUGUCUUUUUCUGUUUAAUUGUCCGUGCGAGAAAUACGUACUUUGGAUUAGUACAAAUUUUAAUUUUACCUCGUUCACUGUGCAUUCUUCUCCAUGCUGCUACUUGUGUGCUCCACUCCACAUAAUCUACGAGGCUUAAAUCAUACUAGGCCACGUUAAUUAAUAGUGCAUUUAAUUUUGGAAUCGCUGGCUACAUCGGGACGCAUUCGACAGAUCAUCCAGUCGUAUCGGACUGCUCCACGCGCUACAAUGGCGUGUAGGGGACGUUGCAAUAGAUACAGUUAAUACAACCCGGUGCAUCGGGAUUGUGGAUCAGCGGACGUCGACGCAGCAGAAACGCCUCCAGUCAGGAUGAGCGAGUCGGCGUUGCGCGUUUUGGCGUUGGUAGCCCUGAUUGCGCAUAAUGCAGCGUGGCCGCAGGAUCCCGUAGCACGAUUGCACAUUAAACACCGCGAGGUUAUCGGUCAGCGGUUUCUCGGCAACGAGAGUCACGUGGAGCACUUCAAACUGUUGGAGAGGGCGCCCACGUCUAUAUUCAUUGGCGCGAGGAAUGCCAUUUACAACAUAAGCCUCCAUGAUCUGACGGAAAAUCACGCGGACAAGAGAGUACUAUGGAGCAGCAGCGAGGCACAUCGGGAACUUUGCUAUCUGAAAGGUCGAAGCGAAGACGAGUGUCAAAACUAUGUAAGAGUUUUCGGACGUCAGGGACCUGACAGAUUCCUAGCUUGUGGCACAAAUGCCUAUAAGCCACUUUGCAGGCAGUUUAAGAUCGAGAAUGGCAUCUACGUUGCCGAGAAGGAUACCGAGGGUCGUGGACUCUGUCCUCACGAUCCCCAACACAACAGCACUGCAGUGUUUGCAGACGGUCAACUCUAUGCAGCGACAGUGUCGGAUUUUUCUGGAGGCGAACCACUGAUUUAUCGUGAACCCAUACGAACGGAACGCUCGGAUCUUAAUCAGCUCAAUGGACCAAACUUCGUAAGUUCCCUGGCCUACAGCGACUACGUGUUUUUCUUCUAUCGCGAGACUGCAGUGGAAUACAUGAAUUGUGGCAAGGCCGUUUACCCGAGAGUGGGCCGUGUCUGCCAACACGACAAGGGUGGACCGCAUGCUUUCGGCGACAGGUGGACGAGCUUCCUUAAAGCGCGGCUGAACUGCUCUGUACCCGGGGAUUACCCUUUCUACUUCAAUGAGAUACAAUCUACGAGCGACGUUAUAGAGGGUGUCUAUGCUGGAAACCGGACUCAACUGAUUUACGGUGUAUUUACAACACCUGUAAAUUCGAUCGGUGGCUCUGCCGUAUGUGCUUUCACAAUGGACAGCAUUCUCAGGGUCUUCCAAGGAGCUUUUAAAGAACAAGAAACUAUAAAUAGCAAUUGGCUUCGUGUACUUCCGGAAAAAGUACCAGAACCCCGUCCUGGUGCUUGCGUUAACGACUCCAGAACACUUCCCGACGUCACAGUUAACUUUGUCAAGGCACAUCCUCUUAUGGACGACGCUGUGCAGUCUUAUUUUACUUUGCCUGUAAUAACGAAAAUUACUUUCAAUUAUCGAUUUACCAAAGUUGCUGUUGAUCCACAAGUGAAAGCAUUGGAUGGAAAGGCUUAUGAUAUUCUAUAUGUAGGAACUGAUGAUGGUCGUGUGGUGAAAGCCCUCAAUGUACAAGCUCCUAACUCGCGAGAAAAUGUAGCUCCAGUGAUUGUGAGUGACGUGCAAGUGCUCAGAUAUGGACAAGCUAUUAAAGAUCUACAAGUAAUUCAUCUUGCUGGUGAAGCAAGUAAACUGAUGGUCAUUGCAGACUCUGAAAUUCGUGCAGUGCCUCUGCAUCAUUGCGACUCAACUGCAGCUAAUUCCUGUGUAGCUUGUGUUGUACUGCAAGAUCCUCAUUGCGCUUGGGAUGCUACGACCAACCUGUGUGUCGCUGUGCCUACCAGAUUACAUGAUAAUGAUGCUGGAAAGACACUCUACCAGGACAUCGUAAAUGGAAAACAUAAAGGAUGUGGAUACGAAGAGGAACUGGUGAAGCCCACGCAAACAGUGAUGCCUCCACGACUCGGACGUGGCGAGCAGCCUGACGACCGGGACAAUGAAAUCGUCAUCGAGUUGGAUCGGGAAAAUCCAUUCGGUCGUACACAACCAAGAGCUAAUGAGCCCCAAGGUGUCAUCGUUACACCCGUGGUGUACUCGGCGCAGACACUAACCGGAGCUCUGCUUGGUGCUUGUUUGGUAUCAUUAGUCGUAGGAUUUGCAUCUGGAUUCCUAUUCUCACAAAGAUUACGUAGUGCACCCUAUCCAGAUCCACCUGAACAAAGACAGCAGCUCAAUCGUCUGACGGAAGGGCCAGAUUCUCCGGGUUUUAACAAUAAAUCCAUCAAUCUUGUGCUCAACGUCAAUCCAAAAAAUCCCAACGGCAAGAAUGCUAACUCUUCCGCAGAAAAUAAACCGAUGCAAAAGGUAAAGAAAACGUAUAUAUGAUACAGAAGACGACAGGCCGUUUGAGGCUUGCCGAUGGUGAAGCUAGCGGCUUCGAGUGCGUCGCAUGACCUACACGAAAACGUUUGCAACGAUCACGAUCUAAAUGUCCGUGACACCAAUGACAAGGACUGCGUACAGUGCACUAUCUCCAAUAGCAGCACCGAAAGUGAUCCGAGGAGUUCUGAGGUAAUUGAAAAUUCAUCGUUGAAGAGGCGAACUUGCGAUCGUCAUCGUAGGGCCAGUUUUUCAAGAAGACGCAACGAAUAUUUCCAAGAGACUUCAUCUUCGUCGACGUCCUCUCCUUCGCUGCUUGAGACCAGUGACAUUUACAGCAUGUCGCGUGACAGAUAUAUGGUACCUACGACAAAACACAGUUGUGAAGCUACUGAGAGAACGUUAUCAUUAUUCAAUCCGCAAUUUUUACCAAAUUUCGAUGACAUGAUAAUGUGUGUCACACAAAAUGAUUAUAAGCAGGCCUUCCAGUUCUUACCAAGUGGAACCACGACACGUUCGGAGUAUACAAAUCAAGCCAUAUCACAUGUGCUGCCAUUUAAAUCUGAUCGUAAGCGCAGAAACACAAACGUCUCAUCCUCGAUUAUUAAUGAGGAUGAUAAUGUUUUAAAUAAUACACAGUAUCUUUUAAAAUCGGAAUAUGAAUCUCAAAUGCAACGAGUGCACAGCAAUUGCGAUAUUCAUGAAGCUCUAAGAACUGUACGAGGAAAAUUGGUUUAAUGUAAACUUAACCCUAAAAUAACUCAACUCAACCUAGCCCGGAGAAGUGGCUUCAUGCCUACAACAUAAAUACUGCCACAGCCAAUUGACGCAAUUGCAUUUACAUCAACAGCAAAGGAGAGUAGCGAAGGAUUAAUAUCCAAAGGAUUGAUAGGUUAUAACCUUAAAAUGUGAUAACACUUUAGUGGACUGUGUUCUUAGUAGUGCCCCCGAUAGGUGCCUAGCCGAAAGAGAAAGCUGGCGAAAGGAAUGAAAGAAAUUGAAAAGUGUAGAACGUUACACAGAGCAUUCGCAGUAGAUGAGGCGUGCCUUCCAUAUGACAAACGUUUCAUGGCCAUUUUGUGUAUGUGUACAGAGGUUGCAAAACAUGAAAGAAUUCGAAGAAAUUUGAGGUUAGGUGAUCGAGUGACCCGGCAUAUACAGUGCCUCGUUAUUAUUUAUUUCAUUAAUACGAACGAGAAAUAUAUAUAUAUAUAUAUUUCUUGCGCCGUUAUCGACGUACAAAUUACCGACAUUUUGCGAAUAGUCAUGUAGAUUAUCGAAUCUCCAAGUUCUGGCGCUUUGCAUUCGCAAAAUUUCGUAUUAGCUGCGUCGAUCAACACGCAAUAUAUAUAGCAUGCGCGUUAUUGUAAAUAUUUCAUUAUUAAGUAGUUCCUCAUUUAUUUGAGAAUUCUUGAUUUGCAUGUGCAAGAGUGAAGCGGCGUUUGGUCCUCCACUCGAUAGGCGGUGCCACCUUCGUUGUUGUAACAGCAGAGAAAGUAUCUGCAACUACGCGUAUUCUCACAUUACGCACGCGUAAAUCCACGGCGUUAUUUAUUAUAUAUGCGUAUGUCUUGCAAGAACGGCAGCUAUUUUACAUUUCUAUAAACUCUUAAGAAUUUAAUCAUAAAUUGUUACCCGCGACCGGACGAAGCGCUUAGCGCCAUAUUUUUUUCCUGUCCUUACCUCCGGUGACCGGCUGAUUUUUUGUACAAGCAUGAUGACAUCGCUUACACAAUUUGUCACCGAAAACACUCAAUUGUUUCUCGAGUUAUCAUUAAUACAAAAACUGAUCUUAGUAGAUAAUUUGACACUGCGACCUAUAGACAGGAAGUAUACAUAGUACAGAGUGACACGCGACUUUAGGUACCUUAUGUUAGUAUUACAUUUGUUAAUAGAUAGUCGUAUAACGAUAGCUCUCAUUUAGGCAAAAUAACGAAAUAUAUAUAUAUACAUAUAUAACACAUAAUAAUGAGUGUGUAUUUGUAUGUGUGUAUAUGUAUAUAUAUAUAAAUAUAAACAUAUAUAUACACAGACGACUUCAUUAGGAUUAUAUUUAAUAACGAUCCAAGUAAACGGUGUUGCACAUUUACAAGUACUGAAGGACAAAAUGAUCAUUCAUUACUUGUAGAGUUGCACACUAAAAUUGCGUUAUUUACACAUUGUAGCAUAUCGAAAAGAGGUUAGAUUUUUUAAUCCUUUUUUCUUCUUUUUUAUGCCCACGUAAGCAAUCGACAGUUCGCGAAUCGCUUUCGAAAAAAAAUGCGAGAGACUCUGAAAAUAAUUGCGCUCGCUACAUUCCAGUAAGGCCAGGACUGCCAACCGAUGCGACAGCAUAGUUAGAUAGUAGUCAUUAAUAGUUUUGAAUAAUAGCAUGAAAAGUUUUAUAUUCCGACUGAUAUUUUGGGAGUCCAAAGGGCGUAGAUAGGAGGUAAACAAAAAAAAAAAGAAUUUUAUAAGGAAUCGAUGCGUGUUCCUCAAAGAUGUUGACCCGUUGCGUUAAUCAGAGAUGAUAUAAAUUGUUGGCUAAUUGUACGAUUUUUUGGGUGGUUAGGAAUGUGUCCACGGCAAGAAAUGAAAUUCAGAAAAGUAAAAAACAAAUUUGUUAACCGUUGUAAUCGGUGAUUAUGUAACAGGCUCGUUGAGAUACGAUUCAUUCAUUUAUGAUUAAUGAUCUUUCUAUAGAUAAACAAUAGCCUCAUUUCCGUAUACGCAUAUCUAUUAAUAAUCUUGAGAUGUACAUAUUCGGCUACUUGUGAAUACACAAGGGGUGUGGAAUAUAUUAGUAUUUUGCUAUGGGGAUGUUAUAAUUUUUUCAUCCCAUUUUUAUUCCAUUUAAUUUGUAGAUCUUGUCGAAACAAAUGCUAACGUUUUAUUAUCGAACUGCCCGUUGUUGUGUCGUUUGCCGUAAAUGCAAGCUAUGAGAAUUUCGUAGUGGCCUUUUUAAUCGUUAUAUUCCUAAUUGUACCUUUUGGAAAUUCUAUGGAAAAUGUACCAUUUUGCAAAAAAAAAAGAGAAAUUGCGGAACGUGAAUAUUUGCGAUUGGAUAUGGAAUUAUUCAAAUCGGAUAGUGGAUGGCAGUCCAGGCACGCAAUUUGCUGUGCCAAUACAAUGUGUUUUAUGUAUAUAGAUAUUUUAGCUUUAAAUAUUAUAAAACUAUUACUCAUCGUACAGAGGUUAGUCGGCCUCGGAACGAGAUUCCGAUUGCGAGUACAUUUGUAAAAGAAGAAGAGAUUAAAGGCGAACUAAACAAAAUUUAUUUACAUGAACACAUGACUUAAAUUCUUGGCAAAAACAUUGUGGAACUCGUAUCUGGAAUUAGCCAGAAUCUUUUGGUAUAAAUACACAAAGCUUAGAUAUGCUAUAAUGAUUUUGAUUUUCAUUAUUUUUAAAUUGAAUUGAUUAUGCAUAAUUCUAUCGAAUUUAAUGAACUGGCAUCAGAUCUCAUGUUUUAAAAAUAUUUGACAACACAAACUUGAGGUUGUCAUACAAAAGUAAUGAGUUGCAAGAUUUUUGCGUAAUACAUAACUUCCACAUUUUUUCCAUUUUUAUGUUUUGUACAAGGAAUUAGAAUCGCUAGUAAAACUAUCAAUCUGGUUCAUUCUUAGAAGAAAUUGAAAUCACGUUUACAUUUGUUCGAUAUCUAUAAAGCGAUUGCUGAUGAAGAUGAUCAAAGCAAUUAACAAAUGGAAAGAAAACUUGAUGGAGAUGUAUGAGAAAGAAGAGAAUUUUGAAGUACAGGAAAAAUUUGAAGAGAACCACUUUAUACUCCAUACAAGACUGAGGAGCGUGUAUAUAUAGAUACAUAAUAUAGAUUAUAAGAUAGUGCAUUUGAUAUGGAUAAAAUAUGAAGAUGAACAACAAGAAAAUAUAUACAGAAUAACAAUUUAAGAAUGCAAACAGGUUUAUAAUGCGAUCUGCAUUACUCUCGUAUACCGAAGAACAUGUACAUAUAAGGUUAUUAACAUCCUACGAUCAUCAUUGUCGUAAGAAAGUCUCCAAGGAAUUUUUUAUGAUGAGGACACGUCGACAUUGCAUACUAGUCCACUCAGUCAUGAGCCUUGAUUUAAUUUUAGAUGAUCUAUCAAAUUUUCUAUUUUUUGUGCACAAGAUCAUCAACAAUCAAGAAUUUUGACUGAUUGGUCUGCAGAUGUAAUGUAUUCAUUUAAAUGUAGUGCGUUACUUACAGGUUCGCAAUACGAUUCCGAUAACCCAUGUAUUUCUAAGUCUAGCUAUUUUAAGAUCGAUGUGACGAGUAAUGUAAUCCCAAAAAAAAACUAAAGCAGUAAAAUAAAGAAGGGAGUAACAUGAA